GGAGUGUCAAGUUCUUUGGCUCGUCGCCGUUCUUGGACAAGCCAGCUGCGCUCGCACACUGUUUACUACACGUCGCAUUUGUACUCAUCAUGUCGCUUUUGAAAGCUUGCUAAAAUCCUGCCGCUGAUGGCAGCUAUUUAAGAAAGGCCGUUCUAGGGCCAACCCGAUCAGUGCGCGCGUCGGCUUCUGCACAGCAGGCACAGCUGUAUCUGUGUCGGGCAGAAUGACGCUGCCUAUAACUAUGUCAAGAUGUUCGUUGGCGCUGGGGCUGUUUGGACUUUUGCUGGCGGGCAUGGCGGGCAUGGAUGGUGUGGAUGCUGCUGGCAGCAAAAUAACUGCCGCGGACCUAGCAAACCUCAACCUAUACAAGGUGUUGGGUGUCACAGCCAAGGCUACUUCCGUGGAGAUUGCAAAGGCCUACCGCAAGCUGGCCAUCAAGUAUCACCCUGAUAAGAAUCCUCAGGGUCAGGACCAGUUCAUCAAAAUUGCAUACGCCUAUGAGAUCCUGGGUGAUGAGACCAAGCGGGCGCGCUACGACGCCGGCGGCUUCGCUGCGGCCACCGAGUUCGCGGCGCAGGCGCCCAACUGGGACACCUGGCAGCCGCCCGAGGCGCCCAGCGCCACUGUGUUCGAGGAGUGGCAAAACCACAACAUCUACUACGACCUGGCCAUGCUAGUGGCACUGCUGGCGGGCGGCGCGGCGGCCUGGGUGGCGUGGGUGCAGGCCUCUGAGCGGCUCAAGCGGGCACGCAAGGCAGCACGCAAGGCAGCGGGGGGCGGCAAGUCGGCUCCGGCAAGCGGCGCCGGCAGCAGCCGCCCACGGCGGCAGCGGGUGCAGUCCAGCGGCGCGCUGUCAACAGGGUCGGGCGCGGGCAUGGGCGGCAGCGACAGCGACAGUGACGAGGCCGGCGGGGGCGCCAGGGCCGAUCAACCAGACACGGCGGCCCCGGGUCCCUCCGGCUCGCUGCUGCUGCAGCCCGCCAAACCGGCCGGUGGCUCGGCUGCAGCUGCCAUGCGGGAGUGGAGCGCCGAGGAGCUGCGGCUGCUAGACAAGGGUCUGAAGAAGUUCCCCGUGGGCACCGUCAAGCGCUGGGAGGCGGUGACGGGCGUGGUACGCACUCGCACCCUGGAGGAGGUGCUGGUCAUGGUCAAGAACUACAAGGGCGGGUCGCAUCUGCGGGCCAGAGUGCAGGAGGAUUGGAAGGCGGGGCGGAAGGCGGGGGCCGCAACGGUAGCGGUGGCAGCCUCUCAGGCGGCGCCCGACAUACGUUACGAUGGCCCGCCCACUGUGAAUGGCGGACCAGCGGACGGAGAGCACACAGCAGCGGUGGCGGCAGCGGUGGCAGCAACAGCAGCAGCAACCGCCGGGGGUCAGGUGCUAGCCACCGGUGGCGGGACCAAGGCGGCCAAGGCGCCGGCAGGGACAGAGAAGGCGGGCGUGGAUGCGCCAUGGACCGAGGCCCAGGAGGUGGCACUGGUGGCGGCGCUGAAGCAGUGCCCCAAGGAGCUGGGCGCGGAGCGCUGGGACGCGGUGGCCAAGCUGGUGCCGGGGCGCAGCAAGGCGCAGUGCUUCAAGCGCUUCAAGGAGCUGAGGGACGCCUUCCGCAGCAAGAAGGGGGCGGGGGGUGGAGCGGAGGGAGAUGACGGCGACGACUGAGCAGGGGGAGGGAGGUUGAGUUGUUUAGGGACCACCGACUACGGUUGGCCAAGCGUGGUCGACCUGACUCCCGGAUCCGGGGCCCCCCUCAGGGUGGACAUCUCUAAGAUGCGAGCACUGCUGAGAGCUCGUUCGCCAUGCUGCCAGGCCAAGGGUGUUGCGUGAUUUGCAAGGCGCGGCGUGCGAGGUUGAGCGGUGCGUGGUGAGUACGGUAGAAAGGUGAAACAGGACGCGCACUCGAGCCAGGCCCAGCGCCAACGUUUUAUUGAUGUGGCUGUAUGCGCACGGCCUGGACAGUGCUAGAGACUUAAUCUGAUGCGGGGGCCCGCGUUCGUGAAGAGCGGUGAUCAGGGAAGUUUCGGGGAGCUCGUGGCGUUUCGUGCUGCGUCGGGUUGCGCGCGGAGGAUCUGUGUGGUCUGGGCCCAUCAUCGCAUCGCACCGCGCGUAGUGGUUGGUUCACGGUGCGCCCGUCCGCAAAUACACACAUACAUACAAUGGACGGCAUAGUAAACCGCGUGGAGGCGGCUUUGCCUCUUGACCUAGCGCCAGCACCUAGAAGCUGGCUCUGGAUCCGGCAGAUUAUGGGAGGGGAGCGGCACGGGACGUGGCGGUGGUCGCAGUGGUGGCGUUGGCGAGGCUGCGGGUGGUGGUGGUGGUGGUGGUGGUGGUGGUGGUUGGGCGGCGGCGGUCAAGUGCGUGCCGUUUACGCCAUGAGCCCAUCACAGGUAGUAUAGUGGGGAAUGUACAACGAUGUUGUGGGAGCAUGCACAGACCUGAGGAUCAGGACGCGCGCUGUGCCAAUUAAUUGGUAGCUGACUCCGACUCAAGGCCUAGUUGUGACUCCGAUCACUGGUACCGUAUGUCCGGUUGCCCCGCGUGAGGUUAAGACCACUGAGCCUCAAGCACUGAGGUGCCUCCGCGGAGCGCCGGAGCUGCGAGCCGAUGGAACGCCUCAAGGCAAAGCCUCAAGGGCCUCCCAGGCGUACUCGUGUAUGCCCAACACGAUUACGCAUAAUGUGUGG